AUGAGCAGGAAGAAUUGUUGGAUUUGUAAGCUAUGCAGAAAUGCAUCUAAGAGGCCCCCUUCUGAUCUUACAUUGGAGGAAGUUUUACAGUGGGCCCAGUCCUUUGAAAAGUUGAUGGCUACAAAAUAUGGUCCAAUAGUCUAUGCAGCAUACUUGAAAAUAGAGCACAGUGAUGAAAAUAUUAAAUUCUGGAUGGCAUGUGAAACCUAUAAGAAAAUUGCCUCACGGUGGAGCAGAAUUGCCAGAGCAAAGAAGCUUUAUAAGAUUUACAUCCAGCCACAGUCUCCCAGAGAGAUUAACAUUGACAGCUCAACUCGAGAAAAUAUCAUCAGGAAUAUUGAAGAACCCACUCCAACAUGUUUUGAAGAGGCUCAAAAAAUAGUGUAUGUGCACAUGGAAAGGGAUUCCUACCCCAGGUUUCUGAAGUCAGAAAUGUACCAGAAACUUUUGAAGACUAUUCAGUCCAACAAUUCCUGUUCAUCACAGCAAAGUUAA